UCAGAGACACAUUUUGGGAUAGAUGGAUGCCAUUCUACAGAACUCCGGUGGCCGAUGGUGCAAGUGAACAGUGAGGUGUCAUUUUAUGGAGGACGUCAAGGCAUACACAAGAGGUGCCAGAGAACAGUGAGGACAUUUUUGAGCCGCUGUCAACCAUUUCUGAGCAGAGCUGUUGGCAAACACUGCGGACGGUUAGGCACGGUGGUGAAAUUCAUCAAGUCCAAUGGCUUAUAAGGAGAAUCAACUGACCCUUCCUCUGCUGACCUCCAUCGUGGCGGCGGUGCUCGGGUCUCUCCAGAUCGGAUACCAAACAGGCAAUAUUAACCCCCCUGCCCGAGUGAUUGAAGAGUUUUUCAACACGACAUGGAGAUCCAGACACAAUCAGUCAAUUCCAGACCACAGUCUGACGUUCCUGUGGUCCCUCUCUGUUAGUAUUAAGGAUUUUGGAGCACUGCUUGGUUCACUGGGGGUCAAAGGUCUCGCUGAUACUUUUGGAAGACGAAAUGCAAUUCUGAUAGCGAAUGCCUUAUCUGUGGCGGGUGCCUCUCUGAUGUUCAUGAGUGAAGCCACAGCGUCAUUUGAAGUGCUUAUAGUGGGUCGGCUGAUCUUUGGUUUGUUCUGUGGCCUGGUGAUGAGCCUGAACCCGCUGUACAUCCAGGGAGUUUCACCAACAAACCUCCGCGGUGCUUUUGCAACUCUAAACCAGGUCUUCUUUGCCUCGGGCAUCCUGCUGGGCAUGGUUGUGGGUUUGGAAACGGUAUUAGGUACAGAGAAAUAUUGGUCCCUGAUGUUGUCUCUGUCCCUUAUUCCUGCAACGCUCCAGUAUUUGACUCUUCCUUUUUGCCCUGAGAGCCCACGCUACCUCUUCAUCAACAGAGGCAAAGAAGAAGAAGCAGAGGCAGCCCUGAGGAGACUUCGAGGAAAUCCAGAGAUGGUGAUGAAGGAAAUGGAGGAGAUGAGAGAGGAAGCAGCGCACAGUGAAACAGGGGUGACCGUGAGGGAAUUCCUCAGAAAGCGACGCUACAGGCAGCCAAUAAUACUAGUGCUUAUCAUAAACCUGGGCAGUCAGUUAUCUGGAUUCAAUGCGAUUAUAAAUUAUUCCACAAAAAUGUUUGCCCAGUCCAAUUUUGAUGAAGCCACAUAUCUAACACUAGGGGUGGGGGCCGUUAAUGUGGCAUUCACUAUAGUAGCCUUCUUCCUGGUGGAGAGAGCAGGACGCAGGAAGUUGUUGCUUGCUGGAUUUCUAUCACUAGCAAUUUGCAACCUGCUCAUGACCAUCACAUAUUCCAUAUUGACUAUAGUUCCAUUCAUCCGUAAUAUUCAGGUGCUAGUGGUUUUCUUCCUGAUCUCAGCUUAUGAAGUGGGACCUGGGCCAAUCUCUUGGUUCAUAGCUGCUGAGCUUUUUGACCAAUCAGCUCGUCCAAUUGCUAUGGCCUUCACAAGUAUGCUGAACUGGGGAGGGAAGUUUGUACUGGCACUCCUCUUUCCACCUCUGCUGAAAAUCUGUGGCGCCUACGUAUACCUCCUCUUCAUGUGCAUGGCCCUGCUCGCCUUCACCUACACCAUGUUUCGUCUUCCUGAGACCAAGGGACGCACUUUUGAUGACAUUGCGGCUGAGUUCCGUGGAGCAGAGGGCAUACCACUACAUAACAAGACCACAUUUAACACAUUCACCUGACCGAGGCUAGUGAAUAGAGACCAUCUAUAAUGCCUCGGCUAGUGUUCAUGAAAUAUAUUGAUAGUGAGAGUCACAAACUUUAAAGUCACAAUUUUCUAGCCAGCGAAUGUUAACUUUCACAUGUGUUUUUUUAAACUGGACAUCCUUAAGGCUGAUUUAUACUUCUGCGUCAAACGCCGGCGUAUGCUACGGCGCUGAAGCAUAGCCCUUCGCCGUUGCCGUCAGCGUCGUUGAU